AUGCAACACUCUCUACCAGCAGCAUACUACCGCGGCGGCACCUCCCGCGCAGUCUUCUUCAAGCAAGAAGACCUACCCCCGAACAGAGAAGACUGGGCCCCAAUAUUCCGCAGUGUAAUCGGCAGUCCAGAUCCCCAUGGCCGACAACUAGACGGACUAGGGGGUGGACUAUCCAGCCUCUCAAAGGUCUGCGUAGUCGGGGCAUCGACACACGCCGAAGCCGAUGUCGAUUACACCUUCGUCUCCCUCGGCAUUAAGAACACCGACGUCGACUAUUCCAGUAAUUGCGGGAAUAUGAGUUCCGCCGUCGGCCCCUUCGCCGUCGAUUCACACGUGUUCCCCUUAGAGAACCCCAGCUCGGAUUCAACCUCGGUACGCAUCCACAACACCAACACAGGCAAGAUCAUCCGUUCAUCCUUCCCUGUUGUUGACGGCGAAGCGGCCACCAGUGGGGACUUUGCUAUUGACGGUGUCGCUGGUACUGCUGCCCGUGUCCAGCUCGAUUUUAUUAACCCCGCCGGCUCGGUUACGGGGAAACUCUUGCCUACCGGCAAUGUCGUCGAUACCUUUGAUGGCAUCAAGGCUACAUGCAUUGAUGUGGGCAAUCCGUGUGUCUUUGUGCAGGCGGUUGAUCUCGACGUGAGUGGGAAUUUGACUCCUGAUGAGAUCACUGCUCGUUCGGAUUUGUUGUCGCGCUUGGACUCUAUUCGUCGCCAGGCGGGUGUUAAGAUGGGUAUUGCGGAUGAGACUGGAGCGGUUCCCGGUAGUGUUCCUAAGAUCUGUAUUGUGGCUGCCCCUUCUACUACCGAUUCCAGAGAUGUUGAGCAGAAACAGACGUCCGCUGAUGUUGAUCUUUUGGCUCGUGCUCUUUCUGUUGGACAGCCUCAUAAGGCGGUUCCGAUUACUGUUGCUUUGGCGCUUGCUGCUGCUGCUCGUGUGCCGCAGAGUACAGUGGCUGGUGUUGUGGAUGAGAAUCCCGUCGACAGUGCUGGUAUUACGAUCGGGCAUGCCAGUGGGAAUCUGCUGGUUGGUGCCGAUUUCGGUGUAGAUGGGGCAUUGUCUUCUGCCACGGUCUUUAGUACAGCGCGCCGUUUGUUCGAGGGCCGUAUUUUCUGGAAGAAUGAUACCUGA